CUGGCCCUGAGGGGUGUCCCCCCAUCAUGGAGAGCUGGCCAGACCCUCAUGUCCCCAGGGACAGACACUGAAGGUGCCAGGGAGAGUCUGCUGUGGAUCUGGGAGGAGCUGGAGAACCUUCGAAGAGUGGAUGUCCAGCUGCUCGGCCAGCUGUGUAACUUGGGGCUGGAGAUGGCGGUGCUGCGGGAGGAGCUGGUUGCUUUCCUGGAAGAGAAGGAGGAGGAGGAGGAGGAGGUCUUCUAGGAAGAGGA